AUGAGUGAGUCUACCGGCUUGGAAGCGAUGUACAUGUUUUGCAGAGCUGUGAUCUGUUCGUUCGGAGAAGAGUACCUCCGGCAACCUAAUGCAGCGGACACAGCUCGUCUGUUGUCAAUCAACGCUUCCAGGGGGUUUCCUGGGAUGCUUGGCAGCAUAGACUGCAUGCACUGGGAGUGGAAGAACUGCCCCUUUGGUUGGCAGGGGGCAUACAGUGGCCAUUCUGAGGGGUGCACAGUCAUUCUUGAAGCUGUUGCUUCACAGGUUACAUGGAUUUGGCACUCAUUCUUCGGAAUGGCUGGCUCGCACAAUGACAUCAAUGUGCUUCAGCGCUCUCCGGUGUUUGAUAGGCUAGCGUACGGUCAGUCCCCUGAUGUGGAUUUUGAGAUCAAUGGCCACCACUACACCAAGGGGUACUACCUUGCUGAUGGUAUCUAUCCACCUUGGGCUACACUUGUGAAGACAAUCCGAAAACCCAACUCAGAGCAGGAGGCAAGGUUUGCCAAAGAGCAGGAGGCAGCCCGGAAAGAUGUCGAGCGGGCGUUUGGCAUCCUCCAAGCUCGUUGGGCUAUCGUCAGACACCCUGCCAGAGCCUGGGAUGUGCAAACUCUGUGGGAGGUGAUGACCGCAUGUGUAAUCAUGCAUAACAUGAUUGUUGAGGUAGAGCGGGAUGAUUCACUCUAUGAUAGUGACUGGGAGGGCCAGGGAGAGUUGGUUACUCCUCAACGUGGCCCGGCAUCAUUCCAGGAAGUUCUUCAUGCACACCAUGAAAUUCGAGAUCUAGCUGUACACAACCAGCUGCAGGCAGAUUUGAUCGAGCACGUCUGGCAGCAUGUAGGCAACAAUGCUGCAAACAACGAUGAUGAAGGAAAUCCGGAAGCCUAGAUCAUUUGUAUCGUUUUUUCAUUAUUUUUUUGAAUAAUACUUUAUCCUUCAUUACGUGGACAAUGUAAUGUGUAAUAAAUUUUGAGCAUUUGAACUAUUUUAUAAAUUUUCUACAAUUUAUUUUGUGUUUUUAUAGUGGAUUUACAAUAAAAAGUACUGUACGGGGCCGCGACCCAAACGUGCCGCGUUGGGCGCAGGGCGCGACCCAAACGGA